GAUGUACAAAUAAGAAUUGAGGGCACCCGUGUCCGAAUUCACUCACUUGUUUCCAUUCAUUCAGUCAAGUGGACUAUAUUAUAGCAAUGUAGGGAGUGAAUGUGUUUGAGGCUAUUUCAUACACAACCUAGCCGAAGAGCUUCUUCACCGACAGAGAAAACGUUAAAAAUGCUUUAUUAUCGGCUUUACUUUAUGGAUUUAGUUUUGAGGAUCAUUUACCAGACGACACAAGGAAAAUUGUGAUGCGGUGCUAAACAGCAAGGCACAAAACGAAAGCAAAAGUAUAAUGUUGAGGUAAAUAAUGUUGAGGACGAGUUUCACUUUUAAACGUGUUCAGUUGUCAUGUCGUUUGUACAUUAAAAUUGUAGACGACCUAUUAAAAUAUUUUACGUUGUAUUUUACAUUGUAAGUACAUUUAUCCAAGUCCAACACUUUACGUGUGGAUCGAGAACAGACUUUAGGAUUUAGGUUAAGUGUGUUAACUAUUAAGUGUGGAUAUGGACAUACAAGACUCAGGAGAGGACGUGGGGAAGAUGGAGUGUAAACACACACUUUCAGCCACACUGCCGACAGAGGAUCAUUACAGAUGUUCAGUGUGUACAGAGGUCUUCAAGAAUCCAGUUUCUAUUCCCUGUGGACACAGUUACUGCAAACACUGCAUUGAGAUCUACUGGAGCAAACCAACUCAAGCUGAAUGUUACGCUUGUCCUCAGUGCAGAAAGAGGUUCAGAGAUCGGCCUGUGUUAAAUGUUAAUGUUGCUUUAGCUAAAGUGAUAGAUGAACUACAGCGGGCUGGGUUUAGUCCUGCUCUUCCUGCUCACUGCUAUGCUGGACCUGAAGAUGUGUCCUGUGAUAUCUGUACUGAGAUAAAGCUCAAAGCUGUUAAAUCCUGUUUGACCUGCUGUGUGUCUUACUGUGAGACUCACGUCAGACAACACUACACUGUACCAGCACCACAGAGACACAACAUGACGGAGACCUUGAAAGAAAGGGACGUACAGGGAAAACGUGUAUGUAAAGGGUUUGAAGUUCAAUGUAAAGAUUUCCCCUCUGACAUUAUUGAAGUGCCUGCUCUUGGUCGCCCCCUGUGCCUUGGAAUGUUGUAUGACACUAUUAAUGACCAUUAUAGUCAAACUUCUUUUCUGUGGAGUGACAACACUAUUGCUUCUAUGAAAGUGUCUUUGUCUCGACCUAAAACUGAUGUGAAGGUUCUAGAAAGUGACUCCCUACAGCACAGAUUCAGAGCUCUUGAAAUAUCUCCUGUGUCAAGAACAAAAGCUCUUCAGGGAGAAGUUAAUGGAGCUGCAGCUUUUUUGAAUCACCCAAUUCAGUCUGAACAUCAGGACAGAGUUACACUGCACUAUAAAACCACCACCAGACUGGACAUGAUCAGUCAAACACUGUUACAUGAAGGAGUUUCUCCAUCAGUCAUUAAUACAACCACAGCUACACAUGUGAUCAUAGCUGUGAGCUACGGAGCUCAAGCCUUCUUUGUGUUUGAUCAUUGGUUGAAUAAUUCAGAGAAAACUGCAGAAAUGAAAGAUGUAAUCAAGAAGAUGUCCUCUUCUUUUUGUGCAAGUUUCAUAGAUUUAUGCCUGAAUGACAGUGAAAAAGCUUUAAGUUUGUUUUAUAACUGCAGUCUCUACAUUGAUGUGGGUUACUGGAAGAGUCCGGUGUCUUUUGAUGAGGCAGUGGAGAUCUAUGGGUUUCUGCCAAAACUACUUGGAUCUCAAGGUAAGAAAGCGGUUCCUCUGAAGGUUUGGCUUUACCCUCUGAAGAAACUGGAGAGGACCUCAGCGUGUGCUGCUCUCAGUGGAGUCAAUGAAAGUUUGAUGCAAAGAGCUGAGAAAAUCCUAAAACAUCUGAAUAAACAGAUCAAGAAAUGUCAGGAUUUUAUGAUGAGCCCAGAUAAUCUAAGUGUUGUUAUUUGGUUUCCUGCUUUGAAAGAUAAAUUAGUGUUUUUUUUAGAGCUUCUUCAGAAAUACAAAACAGAUUGUCAGAAGAUCACAGAGAUUGCUAAAGAAGAGGUAGGAGAAAAGAAACUUCGACAUCUACUAGAGAGACAUGACCGAUCACCAUUCAGUGCAGAUAACAUAAACCAGUGGCUGGAGAAUAAAGAAACUGAACUGAAGAUUUUAAAUGACUGUAAAGCUGCAGACAUCACUGUUGUGAAAUCACAGUCAGAGUUACAUCAGAUCAUAAAUGACCCACAGAUAAACCGAGUGAUGUGUUUCACUCUUACCUCACCAGAUGAUGAAGAUUCAUUCCUCACUGCUCUGAAGCACCAUAUUGAAUCUGAUCACAUUACACCAACAAAUUCACUUCAGUCCAAACCUGUUAAAAUCAAUCAGAAAGUGCUCAUUGAUUUACGAUUGUAUAUUGCUGCUAAAGAGGCAAAUGAAGAUACAGAACAAACCAGAUUCAUUGCUGCAUCUGUACCUGAUGAUGAAUUUCCUAAAUUCACUGUGCAGUUUUAUUAUGCUGGGAUGAUUGUUAGCAGAAACAUGAAGUUUGGAGUGAAACCAGAUCUUGCCAAGAUAACUCAAAUAAAACACAACAGUGUGUCUGUGAAGUGGAAUCAUUCAAAGAAAAAAAACAUAGAGAGAUAUGUGGUGGAGUACAGAGCUCUAGAUGAUGAUGGGAUGAGUAACAACACUUGGAAACAGAUCACUGUUAAUGCUCACACUUUUAUAGAAAAGUUUGUUUUAUCUGAUUUAGAACCAGACACAGGAUAUCAGCUCAGAUAUGCAGUUUGUGACAACAACAUUAUGAGCAAAUUCAGCUGGAUUAUUUACUUUCAAACUUCUGUUGCACGACCAGGACGACCCUCUGUUACUAAACUGAGCAGGGAUACUCUCAGACUAACCUGGUUAAAAGCUAAAACGAAUGAAGUUUGUCCAGUUAUGAAGUAUAUGGUUGAGUAUAGAGAAGUAGGACUGGAGGGCUGGUCAUCAGUAUUAACACAAGGACCUGAGUGUGAAUGUACUAUAACUGUACCUCACAGCACCUGCUACAGAGUCAGAGUAUCUGCUGUCUAUGAGGACAUCACCAGCAAACCUAGUGAGGAAACAUCUGUACCUGUGGAUGUCUGGACCAUAAACCUCUCAGAGAGAAAGACCUCCAUCCUCCUAGAAGUGCUGAAACUCCAAACAGAGAAGAAACCAGUAGAGCUGAUAGACUGCACAGAUGAUGAGAGUGAAGUGAGAGGAUUCAUCCAGUGUCUGCCAUACAUCUCUGAAUUGAGAUUUGUUGCAGAAACUAAUAAAUUAGCUAAACUAUGGGAAAAAAGGAAGAGAUUAUUUAUUUUGAAUUUGUGCUUGCAAGACGCUCUCUGUCAGAAAGAGAUCACAGAAACAACUGUGAAGAUGCUGCUGUCAUCUGUCAAUUAUGAGAAAUUGGAUUUCCUGCUGGAUCUGUGCUCACAUGUGAAGGACUAUGAGAGGCAAACAGGCAGCAGUGUCCUACCAGCAUUACAGUCAAUUUAUCAGUCAUCUCCUGCAGUCUGGAUCAUAAACCUGUCAAAGAGAAAGACCUCCAUCCUCCUAGAAGUGCUGAAACUCCAAACAGAGAAGAAACCAGUAGAGCUGAUAGACUCGACAGAUGAUGAGAGUGAAGUGAGAGGAUUCAUUCAGUGUCUGCCAUACAUCUCACAACUGAGAUUUGUUGCUGAACCCAAUCUACUAGAAUCAUCUGAACUGUGGGAAAGAAGAAAGAGAUUAUUUAUACUGGAUUUGUGUCUGCAAGAUGCUCUUUAUCAGAAGGAGAUCACAGACACAACUAUGAGCAUGCUACUGUCAUCUGUGAAUUAUGAGAAAUGUGAUUUUCUGCUGAAUCUGUACUCACGUGUGAAGAAAUAUGAGACUCAAACAGGCAGAAGUGUCCUACCAGCAUUACAGUCAAUUUAUCGAUCAUCUCCUGCAGUCUGGACCAUAAACCUCUCAAAGAGAAAGACCUCCAUCCUCCUAGAAGUGCUGAAACUCCAAACAGAGAAGAAACCAGUAGAGCUGAGACACUGGCCAGAUGAUGAGAGUGAAGAAGGAUUCAUCCAGUGUCUGCCAUACAUCUCACAACUGAGACUUACUAAUGUUUUCUAUAAGAUAGAAUCUGUUAGUCAUUUUCUGGUGAAUCUGUUUACUGCAGCAUCAGAGUUUAACACAAACACAGAAGAAAAAUACACUGAACUAUUAACCUCUGUGUGCAACUACGCAACUUUCCCGUGUGAGAAAGAGGAUGAUGAUUUUGAGUAUCAGAUUGAACAAUGUGAUUUCUUGCUGGAUCUUUACUCACAUGUGAAGAACUAUGAGAGUCUAACAGGCAGGAGUGUCCCACCAGCAUUACAGUCAAUUUAUCAGUCAGCACCUGCAGUCUGGACCAUAAACCUCUCAGAGAGAAAGACCUCCAUCCUCCUAGAAGUGCUGAAACUCCAAACAGAGAAGAAACCAGUAGAGCUGAUAGAGUGGACAGAUGAUGAGAGUGAAGUGAGAGGAUUCAUCCAGUGUCUGCCAUACAUCUCACAACUGAGAUUUACUCAUGUUUUCUAUGAGAAGAGAGAAUCUGUUGUUCAGUUUCUGGUGAAUCUGUUCACUGCAACAUCAGAGUUUGACACAAAUACAGGGGAAAAAUACACUGAACUAUUAAAGUCUGUGUGCUGCUACACAUCUUUCCCCUUUAAUAAAGAUUAUUUUGAUGAUUUUGAGUAUCUAGUUGAUCAGUGUAGUUUCCUGCUGGAUUUGUACUCACAUGUGAAGAACUAUGAAAGUCAAACAGGCAGGAGUCUCCUACCAACAUUACAGUCAAUUUAUCAGUCAUCUCCUGCAAUCUGGAUCAUAAACCUCUCAGAGAGAAAGACCUCCAUCCUCCUAGAAGUACUGAAACUCCAAACAGAGAAGAAACCAGUAGAGCUGAUAGACUGCACAGAUGAUGAGAGUGAAGUGAGAGGAUUCAUUCAGUGUCUGCCAUACAUCUCACAACUGAGGAAUGCUGAGGAGUAUAUCCCAUCACUGUGUAAAGUGUUUGGUCCUAAAGUGAAUAGAGAUGAGGUGACUCCUCUGCUUCAGGCUCUGGGGUUUACAGUCACUCUGAGUGAAAAAUUACCCAGCAGCACCUGCAGAUGUGUGGGCAGAGUGUUGAGUCUCUCAUCCUCAAAACUAAACCUGACUCUAAAGUUACAGGCAAUCUCUCUUGAAGGUGUCAAAUUACUCUUCAGACACAUCACACACCUACAGACCCUCAGUCUGGAAGGCAGUAUGGUGAUGAUGAUGGUCAGCAGCUUAACUUCUCUCCUGAGACGACUUUCUGUACAAUUUCUGGAUCUUACUAAAUGUAAAAUAGAUGCGGCGUCUGUCACUGCUCUGUUGUGUCUUCAGGGACUCCAGACUAUCAGGUUGUCUAAAGAGACUCUUCAGCAGCUGGUUUCAGUGGUGUAUGAAGCACAGGAUGAUGAACUGACGCGUUGCUUUCUGAAGAAGGUGUCUGAAGAUCUGACUUCAUGCUCACUGACCUGGGAAGUGAUUCAGUAUCUGCUGCAACAUCAACCUUUACAAUUAAAGUUAGACUUUAGGAAAAGCAAAAUCACUUGUGAAAACAUCAGAGAUCUUCUGCCAUGGUUAGACAGAAUCAAUUUUAAAAGGUUGACCCCCAGUUUCAUCUUGUCCAUCAUUAUGGAGAUUUAUGAGAGUCGCUCUCCUCAGUUUGUGUCCGGUCUGUUGAGUUCAGCUGAGAAUGACAUCAACCUGAAGAACAAAGUGUUGAAUUCAGAUCAGUGUUCAGCUCUGUGCUUCACUCUCCAGCACUGUAACACUGUCAAACUCAAUCUGUUCUGGACCUCCAUACCAGAGGAGGAGCUAAAGAGACUUCUGCCCUUACUCAACAGAGUCACACAACUCAGUGUUGACAGACAGCUGUUACUGAAGCUGCUUCAUCGCUGCAGUUCAUCUGAUGACCAACAGGAGGCAGCAAAACUUCUGCUCUCUGCUCUUCAGUACAGACUGGAUUUCUCCUCCUGCUCAAUUUUUGACCUGACAGUCACAGAAGAGAACCAAAACUAUUUGAACCUGACGAUAAAAGACUGUAAAAUAAUCUCCUCUGUGCUUCAGAAAUCUCAGAGUGUUGUAAAAUUGGUUUUAAAGGACUCUGAGGUCUCUGAUUCGGCAGUGAAACGACUCCUUCCAGUUCUGUCUCAGGUCGAGCUCAGCUGUAGUAAAGCUCUUCUGCUGCAGUUUAUAGCUUGUAUUACUGAAGAUGCAGAGAAAGGAUCUUUGAGGUGGGUUCAGGCUCUUUUAAAAGCUUUAGGAGGUGAGGUGGACCUCAGUCACACUCAGAUGGAUCAGAGAUCUUGUGAACAGCUGUCAGUGUUUCUUGAAUAUUCUGAUGGAUUGACAGAACUGGACCUCAGUCACUGCAGACUCACUGAUCAAUACAUGAAUCACCUCUUACCACACCUGCACAAGACUCAAACUUUAGAUCUGAGUCACAACAAUAUUACUGAUGACCUAGCAAUGAAAAUACACAGCGUUGUUUCCACUCACGACAAUAUUCAGAUAGUACGACUUUUUGGAAACAGAAUCAGAGACAAACAGCAGUUUACCAGAGUCAAGCAAAUUGAAAUAUGGUGAAGACACUCAAUUUCUCAUGUUGUAAAUAGUUUGAAACAUGAUUAAGAAAAUCAACCACUAACAUGACUUUGUUUAGUAACAUUAUUAUUGAAUUACAUUUCUUCAUCUUUUAAAGUAUUUUUUCUGUUUGAACCAAACCAAAUGGAUUAAUGUACACUGUAUAGUUUAUUACAGAGCUAUGAUUAAAUACUGUAUAUUGGUUAAUAUUUUAGCAAAGAUUUCAUUAGUUGAGUAUGUACAGUGGUGUAUAUACUGUAUAGGACUAUGCCAGGAUAAACAUGGUUAUAUUUUUCUUGUGAUUAUGGUUAUAUUUUCUGGUAUAUCCAGUAAAGCCUACAUUUCAAUUUUCAUCUUAGUAACAACAUACAGAAAAUUAUGUAAAGAAGUUUAUUUAAAUCUUCUUUAGGGGAAAAAUAAAUAAAGUCAGAAAUUUUGUACAA